CACGUAGUCCGUACGUAAAACAGCUUGGACCCAACUGCCCUACCAGGGUGCCUGCGUGUGUGAGUCAACGCCUCUCCAUCCAUCCAGUCUCUACAUACCUAGCUGUAUGUAUGUGGCAAGCAUGCAGUCGUUCCCCACAAGCCAGCAGCGGGCCCCUUUGACUUGGUUUCGCUAGAAGCACCAUUCAAGCAGGGCCAACGUGCGAAAGGCCAUCGUGCAAGGCCGUUCAUUAGAAACCCCUAAGACCUGCAAGGACUGUCCACUUCUGCGCUCCUUUUGGCCUUUGGUUCCACUCUCCGAGCCCGUUAGCCCGUCAAGCUUCGUGGUGCACAGUCAUCCAUCCAUCCAUCUAUCCAUUCACACAAGACGAGAUCCAAGAGACUCGGAUUGGUCCACGAGUGGAGGAUUCUCGUGUCAUGACAUCCGAUUGACGUCCGUUGAAUUGGGUGCGAAUGGAUUUGAUUCGAACUGACAACGGACACGUUGUUUGAGUCCUGGGUUUUCAUUGCCGAUUCAGGUGCCUGGCCCAGGCGUUGCAUGGCAAGUUGGGAUGUUCCCGGAGGAUUGACAACCCAUCCAGAUAGAUACAAGAGCUGAAUUCAUUGCUUGUGGUCUCAUCUUGGAGAUUGGAUGAGCAGCGAGUGAAGUUACGAUCGGUGAUUGGUGAUUGUGACGUUGUUUGGAAAGAAAGAAGGAAAGAAACUGGAUGGAUGGAUGGAUUGAUUAGUACAUUAGAUUGCGGAGCAUGAACAAGUAUCCUUGACAUGUUUCUGGCCAAGUCCUCGUGAUUCAGCAUAAGUUGGAAAGAACUGAAAGCAAACUGGACUCUGAAAGGCAAGACAAGCAAAAUCAAGGUUAGAGGUGGCCUUACGGUUGGCGGUGGGUACGCAAUGUUGUUGUGAAGGGCUUCAUAAUGAAGACAAUCUGGAAUCCGUGCAAUGGGCGAGUGCCGCUUGAGGAUGGCCCCCAUUGACCGCACCCAUUCGGACACUUUGACCUCCUCUUCCUCUUUCUCCACUGUCUCGUUUCGUUCGGAUUUCGCAUUUUCUUUAGACCAUCGUGAUCGCAACGAGGUCGUCGACGACGAAUGCUUCGUACCCAAAAGCCGCCAGUCUACAAAACUCUCCAGCAAAAGCAAGAAGCGACGACUGGCCGAGGUCCAUGCCGAAAGUGCUCCUGACGAUGAUGGUGGUGUAGAUGUGAAACGAAGUCGAUUGGAAACAACAAUUGCCAACAUGAAUCAUUUGUCCCACCACCCACACGGUGCCAUGGGCCUGGGAUCUGCGGGAGCCAAUUCGGUCAAGCAUGGCAUAGAACAGAGCGAACGUGGACCGUCCAAGUUCGCUUCUGGAACUUCCUCUGCCUCAACUAGUUUGUCGUCUCGAGCCCCAUCAAUUGCAUCAUUGUGCAACCUGGGAAACACGUGUUUUCUCAACUCGGUGCUCUAUACUCUCAGAUUUACUCCCGGCUUUCUUCACAACUUGCAUCACUUAGCCUCCGAUAUCAACCAUUUUCAUCGAGCCAAGCGAGAAAGCAACUCGUUGCUUUCCAAGACGGGCAAGAGUAAAUCCUCUGGUUCGUUGCAAAAUGGUCACUCCCUGACUUCAGUGAACGUCCAUUCCCCGGUAAUCACGAGCAAUAUCUAUGACUCUGACGAAUUAGAAUUGGUGGUAGAAGUGAUUGACCAGCUUCAUGAUCUUUUCAAGACCCUGUCCAAUACGGAUGAAGGUGCGGAAACGCGAGAUCCCAUCGCCCCUUCGUCCUUCCUAACAGCCGUAGGACGACUAAACCCCUUAUUUGAAGGCAAUCAACAACAAGAUGCUCAUGAGCUGUUGGUAAUGAUUCUUACCAUCUUGGAAGACAUUAAAAUCCCUCAAGAGCCGUCCUCCAUUGACGUUCAACCGUCGUCGUCCUCUUCAAGUAAUACCAAUUUGUCCUCCGCUCUAUCAGCCCAGGAGAUUCCUCACCAAUUGUCAUCUUCAUUGUCAAAAGCCCCGCCCAUUCCGGAGAAGAAGUCAAAAACCAAAAAGUCGGGUAAAUUCUUACCCAAUGGUAUCGGUGGUCCUCAUACCGGAGGGGGCGCCUCCCUCCUCGCCAAUGGCAAUAGCCAUUCAAUGCCUUCCGUGAACAAUACAUCAGCCAAAAACACGAUGAGCUCGUCAAAUAAUGAUUUGGCUCAUAUUGGACGCAGUGUGUCUCCAAAUACCAACCAGCACACGUCACAAGGGCCUCACAAGGCCUCAGGUGAAAAUUCAUCUGCUUCGUCCUUUCCCACCCCCAACGCCGCCUCCCCCCCGUAUGUGCUUCCCAACUUUGUGAAGGAGAAUUUCGAAGGCAAGUCUGUGAUGCGAACCCGAUGCCUUGAAUGUGAAGCUAGCACAUACCGUUCCGAAACUUUCACCAACAUUGAUGUGGCUCUCACAUUUGAAGAUGAGGCUGAUGCCGAUGAACUCAGUGGUAAGGACCUUUUUCUGAAACAGAUCAUGAUGUCAGAAACACUCAGAGAGAACAACAAGUAUUGGUGCGAGGAGUGCUCACGACUCAACGAAGCCCAGCGUUCAGUACAGUUUGAGCUCCUUCCAAAAGUGAUGGUAUUGCAAUUGAAGCGAUUCACGGCCGCCACCGGCUCCAAGUCUUCAUACAUGUCCAAGAUCAAUGAUCACAUUCCCACCCCUUUCACCUUGAACUGCUUUUGUACCCAGUGCAUGCCUCACACGGCAGCGGGAUACCCUCCGGUGCAUUCGGCUCAUGCCUCAAACGUAAAACCAAGGCACAUCUUCAAACUGUAUGCCGUGAUCAUGCAUCUGGGAGCCACAUUGGCUUCCGGUCACUACAUAGCCUAUGUGAAGGCUUCGUCAGACUCACUCUGGGAAUAUCAACAGUGUCAAAGGGCAGUAAGUAGUGCCUUCUCAACUACGUCGUCAUCCAACGGGAUUGCCGCCGGAAGUAAGAACGGUGUAAAUGGGAAUAAUACUGCUGAGCGUAAGAAGAAGAGUAUCAUGAAAUUCUUGAGGAAAAAAGACGACUCCAAUAUUGGUUCCAGUAGCCCUUCCUUACCAUCCUCCCAAGCCUCAAUGUCUGAUUUCAAUCAUUCUGGCUUGAACUCCAUGAAUGGUUCCGACAGCCUACCCGUUCCCACCACUUGCCGGAGUGUCAACUGCUGUGGAGUUCGAAGUCUAUCAGCGGGCAUGGACACCAUGUCUAUGAAGUCCAACUCCUUCCAUCAUAGAUCCAUUGACAGUUCAGAUUCGGACCUCCAAUCCAGUUCCUCUCAAACCGGAUGUGACCCAGACGAUCUUUGGUUAGAAUGUGAUGAUGAAACCAUACAACCAGUCUCCCGCAAGCAAUUCGAAGAUAUUCUGAACUCUCGUCAAGGGGCGACCACCACCCCGUACUUGCUCUUUUAUCAGAAGUGCUAAUAUUCAACCCAAAAUGAGCAUAGCAUCUUCCAUUAACAAGUGAUUGUGGCCUGUAAUUUAUUUUUGGUCCGACUAUGUAGGAAAUUUAAACCAUUGUAAAAAAAAACAAUAGAACGUUGUUCAAGACAAUAGUGAACACGAUUUUAAUAUCGCCCAUACUUUACGAAACGACAAGCCUUAAACACUCAACCACCCACCCUCUUAACGGUUUGGUUGACAAAACCAACUUACCACCACGUCUGUAGAACCGUUUUGGCAUGUUUCACCCCAUUUAUACUGUAAAUUUUCCAGUAAAUUGUUUUGUCUGGUGCAGUAUGAUAGUUUCAUCACUCAAUCCCCCAUUCAGGACCACCACACCCCUAAAAAUAAAGGAAUACUUUGAACAUAUUAGUCAUUGAAGACUCUAUCUAGGUAUAUAUAAUACUAAAAUAUAAUAUUAUCUUAACCUAGCGAAAGAACUCUGAUACCGUGAAUAAACUUCAGUUUUUGACAUUUAA